AUGUCCAAAACUGCGAGCCGCCCAGACUGGGCCGAUGAUGUCUCAGACUCCGAACAACUCGACCCCUCGUCUCUACCCGCGCCCGUGACGACAGUGAACAAAGACGGCACCAAGACGACCAUCACAUACCGAAUCGACGACCAAGGCCGCAAAGUGAAAACCACACGCAAGACCCGAACGACCGUGCACAAAGAAAAAGUCGACCCGGUGGUGGCGGAGCGACGCAAUUGGGCGAAAUUCGGGCUCGAGAAGGGCAAAUCCAAGGGACCACAGCCCGACACGACAUCCGUGGGCGAGAACAUCAUCUUCCGGCCGAGCAGAGACUGGAAGAACGUGCAGGCGGAGGAGGCGAAGGCGGGUGGCGGCAAGGCGGAAGAGAAGAGUCUGAAGGAGCAGCUGCGCGACAAGAAGGUCAAGUGCCGUAUCUGCCAGGGCGAGCAUUUCACCGCGCGAUGUCCCUUCAAGGACACCAUGACCCCUGCAGACGACGGCACGACCCCGGUCGCCGACCCCAUGGCUGAGGACAACGACGGCGCCAAUGCUGCCGGUGGUCUCGGUGCCGGCGGUAGCAGUUACGUCCCGCCUCAUCUCAGAGGAAACAAGGGUGGUGCGUCCGCCGCUGGUGAGAGGAUGGGCGGAAAGUACGAGAGAGAUGACCUCGCUACGCUGCGUGUCACGAAUGUGUCCGAAAUGGCAGAAGAACAAGAACUACGCGAUCUCUUUGAGCGGUUCGGCCGUGUCACGAGAGUAUUCCUGGCCAAGGACAGAGACACAGGCCGCGCCAAGGGCUUUGCAUUCAUAUCUUUCGUCGAUCGGUCAGACGCUGCCAGGGCUUGUGAGAAGAUGGAUGGCUGGGGCUACAGGCACUUGAUUCUCAGAGUAGAAUUUGCGAAGAGGACUACUUAG